GAUAUCUCCUUACAGGCCCUCUCCAAUUACUCUCCUAUUUCUCCCAUAUCCAUAUUCUCAUCAAAUAGUAUAAUUCUUCCCUUGAGCUAAUGAAAUCCUUCUUAAAACUUCAAAUUCAUCACUAAAAUUAUAACUACUCUAGUCUCUAACUAAGCAUGUUGCAGCAAUUCACUAAUUUUAGUGGCGCCUCAAUCAAGUUUGUCUCUCUCCUCUCUAAAUUUUCUUUCUUUGUUAUUUAUCAGUUGUUGUAGUUUUAAUUUCAUGGCUUCUCUUCAAAAUUCAUUUCACUUGUUUAAUAACCCAUUAAAAUCUUAUAAACAUAGUUACCCAUUUCGUAAAAUCCCACAAAUUUCAUGUAAAUUGUCCAAAAACUUACAAGAUGAUGAUGAGAACAAAAAGAGCAAUGAUAAUAGAUUAGAACUGCUUAAAUUGUCUGUCACUCUAACAGUGAUAUCAACUGCGCUGCCACAACCAGCAGUGGCAGCAAAAGUUGCUGAAAAGAAGCGUAGUGCUAAGAAAACAACACAACUUUGGACCCCACAACAGUUGAAAUCAUGGUCACAAGGUUUGCCUGUAGUUAGGGAUAGGUUACCCUAUACUGAUGUAUUGAAUUUGAUGGAGGAGGGUAAGCUUAAGCAUAUAGUUAAGCCUCCGAAUGCGGCGUUGAGGCGAAAAGCUGAGUGGGUUUUGGUUGUGUUGGAUGAUACUAGGGUUUUAAGGACUGUGUUACCCUCUUUUGAGGGUAAUCCUAAGUUUUGGGAUAGAUGGGAUGAAUUGAGUAUUGGAUCCUUUUGUGUUAAUGCAUAUAGUCCGCCGGUUAAGAAUCCAGAUCUUCCUACCCCGUAUAUGGGUUUCUUGUCGAGGAUACCCAUUCAGGUGGCUUCUUCGUUUUUUAAAUCGAAGCCUCAAUCAAAGAAGGCUUUAGAGUUGAAGAAGAUGAGGGAGGAGUUGAAGAGGCAGAGGGAAGAGGAUUUGAAGAACAUGAGGGAGAAUAGGGAGAUAAUGGAGAAGGCGAUGAAACAGCAGAAAAGGAUGCAGGACAGAGAAAAGAGAAGGGAGUUGCAGAAGAUUAAUUAUGAAAAGUCUUUGCUUCAGGCGAGGGACAAUUAUGAGUAUAUGGGAUCUGUUUGGAAUACUUUGGCUAAGGACUCCAAUGUGACUACUUGCAUUGGGCUUGUGUUCUUUAUCUUAUUCUACCGAACGGUUGUUCUUGGGUAUAAACGGCAGAGGAAGGAUUAUGAGGAUAGACUGAAGAUUGAAAAAGCUGAUGCUGAGGAAAGGAAAAAGAUGAGGGAGCUAGAGUGGACAAUGCAAGGAAGGGAAGGUGAAGAAGAUGAACAAGAGGUGGAGGGUGGUGAAAAGACUCCUUACAUGAAGAUGGCUUCGCAGUUCAUGAAGUCUGGUGCUCGCGUUCGUCGAGCACGCCACCAAAGACCGCCUCAAUUUUUGGAGAGAGAUGUGGAUGUGAAGUUUGCAGAUGUUGCUGGGCUUGGUAAAAUACGACUUGAGCUGGAAGAGAUUGUUAAAUUUUUCACACAUGCAGAAAUGUAUCGCAGAAGAGGAGUGAAGAUACCAGGUGGAAUUCUUCUCUGUGGACCUCCUGGAGUUGGGAAGACACUGUUAGCGAAAGCUGUGGCUGGUGAAGCUGGUGUAAACUUCUUUUCUAUUUCUGCUUCUCAAUUUGUGGAGAUAUAUGUUGGUGUUGGUGCUUCUCGUGUGCGAGCACUUUACCAAGAAGCAAAAGAUAAUGCUCCAUCUGUUGUCUUCAUUGAUGAAUUGGAUGCUGUUGGGAGGGAGCGUGGCCUCAUAAAGGGUUCAGGUGGACAAGAACGUGAUGCUACAUUAAAUCAGCUCCUUGUGUCCUUGGAUGGGUUUGAAGGUAAAGGGGAAGUGAUAACUAUUGCUUCAACCAAUAGACCAGACAUUUUAGAUCCAGCACUUGUCAGGCCGGGUAGGUUUGACAGGAAGAUACAUAUACCUAACCCUAGCCUUCAAGGGCGUAUCGAAAUUCUGAAGGUUCAUGCUCGCAAGAAACCUAUGGCUGAGGAUGUUGACUAUAUGGCUGUUGCUAGUAUGACUGAUGGUAUGGUAGGGGCAGAGCUUGCAAAUAUCAUUGAGGUUGCUGCUAUCACUAUGUUACGUGAUAACAGAAGUGAGAUAACAACAGAUGACUUAUUACAAGCUGCUCAGUUGGAAGAAAGAGGAAUGCUUGACAGGAAGGAGAGGAGUCUUGAAAUGUGGAAGCGAAUAGCUCUUAAUGAAGCAGCACAAGCUGUAGCAGCUGUGAACUUUCCUGAUCUUAGAAAUAUAGAAUUUCUGAAUAUUGCUCCGAGGGCUGGUAGGGAACUCGGUUAUGUUCGUUCUAAAUUGGAUCCUAUCAAAUAUAAGGAAGGAAUGCUAAGCCGGCAGUCCCUUUUGGAUCAUAUUUCAGUUCAGCUAGCAUCUCGAGCAGCUGAUGAGCUAUGGUAUGGUGAAGACCAGUUGAGCACGAUAUGGGCUGAAACAGCUGAUAAUGCUCGAUCGGCAGCUCGAAGUUUUGUUCUUGGUGGCCUAUCUGAGAAACAUCAUGGUUUAAACAACUUCUGGACUGCUGAGAAAAUUGAUGAUAUCGAUCUGGAGGCUCAAAGGAUUGUCAACCUGUGUUAUGAACGUGUGAAAAAGAUAUUGCAACAAAAUCGGAAGCUUGUGGAUAUUUUGGUUGAAGAAUUACUGAAGAAGAAAACUUUGUUGAAGAAAGAAUUGUUUGACCUGGUUGAGAUGCAUGGGUGUUUUGAACCUGAUCCUCCGAGUAUUCUUGACAUCAGAGCUGAGAAACGUAAGCAGUUCCAACAAGUGGUAACGAAUCAGAAAGCUGUUAUUGCAAGCAAUGUUUAAGCGAAAAAUUCAGUGGAUCUUCUGUCUCCUUUCAGCCCGUUUAACAGCCUCCCACCCCUCACCCUUCCCUCUCUUGGCAGGAUUUAGAGGGUAAGGAGGUGAUGUCAAAGUGUCGUCUCUUGCUAGUUUGCUUGAGCAUAGAAUAUUAGCAUUUGAUGGUUGGACUCGUUCAGAUUGAUGGAGAAUGCUUGUUCGCUUAACCUAUAUCUCAUUGGUUCCAUAGUCGUGGAGCAGAAGUCAUAAUGCACCAACUUUUACUGCAGCUUUGGUUGAGUACGUUUGUCUUGUUCCUAGCUCAGCCUCAAACUCGUGGAAUUCUGGUCAUAUAGAAGAUAGAUACGGCCGCAGAAGAGACAACGCCACAUCUUCCAGUACGCUGAUGUUUACCUUUUGUAUAUGAAAUUGUUAGAGCUCUUUAGCUUCACCCCUGUGGAAACAUAUUGAGGGUUCUUUCCUCUUGUUGCUAGGUUUCCAUUGUUGUAAACUCUAGCACAAUCAUAGAAAUCCAACUGAAUUCUUUUUCCUCUGUAAGACCAGUUCCGAUGUCUUCAAUUCAGUUUCGAAGUUUAUCUCA